AUGGAGGGCAGACGCGGCUCGACAAGGGAGCGCGGCCAGUGUGGGUGUGAGGGUGGUAACGAUGGAGAAAGCUCAUCGCCCAGCAAGGCCAAGCUCCGAGCUGUCGUUCAAGGGAUUCCAUCGAGAUGGCUGACAUUGCGGCCCAAGUCUGGCCCAUUCCUUGCCGACCAUGAAGGAUUCAUUUCUAGUGCUCUGGAAUGGGAAAGUAUAUCGACAUUGGGGUCGAGCAUUGACUGCAAUCUGCAAAGGGCAGUGAGGAAGUAA